AUUUUGUAAGCUUCAAAACCCAGAUGAUCCACUUUCUUCAGUCAUGAUACAGACAGUAAAUAGGAUGCAACUGAUUCCAGAGGAGAUAAUAUUUAAAGCUGAUGUCAAUAAACACAGCCUUCAAAUUUUGAACUUGUUAUCCACACAACCAAGAGGCAAACCUCCGUGCAUCUCAGCUCCCACAGUGAAAACCCUCAGACUUUAGCGCUUUGGACAUGCUGUCUUCACCUGAUGUCGCAUGUUACCCACCUGAUGUUUUAGCUUUUCUUUCUGAGAGUAUACACAACAUCUCCUCACAGAAAUGAGGUGCUCUGGUUCGUCUGUUUUGUAAACACAAAAGUACAUAAGUACAUAAGGAAAGAGAAACUUCACCUGCUCUUCAGUCGAGAGACAAUCAUGGAGCGCACAUGCAGCAUGAGGAGGAAGACCAUGGCCAGACAGCACAAGGCUGAAGUCAUGAUUGCAGGAGAACAGCUCAGGUUGAGACUCCAUGAUGGAAAACUGAUAAAGGACCGCAGGUAUCACCUUCGCACGUAUCCUAAUUGCUUUGUGGCUCAGGAGCUCAUAGACUGGCUUGUCAGUCAUAAGGAAGCCAUGGAUCGAGUCACAGCUGUCAGUCUGAUGCAACAUCUCAUGGACAACGACAUUAUUCAUCAUGUCUGUGAUAAGAGGCCGGUGUUCAAGGAUGCCAAACUCCUCUACCGUUUCCGAAAGGAUGAUGGGACAUUUCCUUUCAAUACAGAGGUGAAAAUCUUCAUGCGUGGACAGCAGCUGUAUGAACAGUAAGAAAUGCAACUUUUAUCAGCUCAAUCAUAAAGUACAACCCUUUAACCCUUGUGCUAUCUUAGAUGACCCCACCCUCACAUUUAUGUGUUCUCCCAACCAUUUAAAGGUGAAUAAAGGUGGA